UCAGGCAAAGAAACAAAACAUAAACACAAAAGAUACAUUCAACUUUUUUAUCGUUUGGGAAGCGGCAAUCAUUUUAACGUCCAAGUUUUUUACCAUCUUCUAUUCAAUAAUAAAGCAGAAACAAAUCGUUUUACACAACUAUUGAAAUAUGUCUGAUCCGCACGAUGAACUUUGUCCGCCUAAUCAAGAAGACGAUGAAUUAACCUUGCCACGCGCGAGUAUCAACAAAAUAAUUAAGGAACUGGUGCCGUCAAUUCGAGUGGCUAAUGAAAGCCGAGAGUUAAUAUUGAAUUGUUGCACCGAGUUCAUACAUCUAAUUAGCUCGGAGGCGAAUGAAGUGUGCAACCAGCGGAACAAGAAAACUAUAAAUGCUGAGCACGUAUUGGAAGCGCUUGAUCGGUUGGGAUUUAAGGAUUACAAGCAAGAAGCGGAAGCAGUUCUGAACGAUUGCAAGCAGGUGGCCGCAAAACGAAGAAGACAAAGCACCCGGCUCGAAAAUCUUGGCAUACCCGAGGAGGAGCUUUUACGGCAGCAACAGGAACUAUUUGCUCGUGCCCGGGAGGAACAGGCGGCGGCCGAACAGCAACAAUGGUACAGCGUGCAGACAGCAACGCUACAGAAUGCUGAACUGUUCCAGAAGCAAAUGUCGCAAGAUGAAGACGAUAGUGACGAAUAUUAGAAAUCAUCCCGGGAAUUGCUCUAAAAAGCCGGCUUUCUUCCGUUGAAAGGAAAGAAAAAACGAAAGGCGUUAUGGUUCCUCCACUUUAUUGAUACAGUACAAUGUUUGUACGCGCAUUGGCUGUCUGACGGGACCGACAUGCGUUCAUGCGUUUAGAUUGCCAAGACAUCUGUUUCGUGACUCAGCUGUGUUUGAAGGUUGGAAAGCUUGUUUUUCAGUACCUGCACUCCCAUUAAUACAAUAUUUUCUGGCUUGAGAGCACCAGAAGAUUCAACGUUGAA